AUGCGUUCCUCCACUUCUUCCCUCAUCUUGGCCUUUUGCGCCGCGCUUGCUGUUCAAGCUGCACCUCUCAACACACGAAACACAAACACUGCUCUGAGUGAGCUUGCAACGAGGGAGUUUGCGAAAGAUGCUUACGGAAUCCCAAUCGAGGAUGAGGAGCUUGAGAAGAGAGCUUUUGCUAAGGAUGCUUAUGGCAUUCCAAUUGAAGACGAGGAGUUGGAAGAGAGGGACUUCGCUAAGGACGCAUACGGCAUUCCAAUCGAGGACGAGGAGCUCGAGAAGAGAGCAUUUGCUAAGGACGCAUAUGGUAUUCCAAUCGAAGAUGAAGAAUUAGAGGAGAGGGACUUUGCUAAGGAUGCCUACGGGAUUCCAAUCGAGGACGAGGAGCUUGAGGAGCGUGAUGUAGUCGAGGAUGAGGACGAGCCUUGCCCAUAUGACAAGCGCGACUUUGCCAAGGAUGCAUACGGUAUCCCAAUUGAGGACGAAGAAUUAGAGAAGAGGGCAUUCGCGAAGGACGACUACGGUAUACCAAUCGAGGAUGAGGAGCUUGAGGAGCGUGACGUCGUUGAGGAUGAAGACGAGCCUUGCGAAUAUGAGAAGCGCGACUUUGCUAAAGACGCUUAUGGUAUUCCAAUCGAAGACGAGGAGCUCGAGAAGCGCGAGUUUGCUAAAGAUGCCUACGGUAUCCCAAUUGAGGAUGAGGAGAUUGAAGAGCGUGAUGUCGCUGCGGCUGAAGUCGAUGAAGAGGAUUGUCUUGAUUUCUAG